AUUCAUAAAGCAAAUUAUAUACAUCGAGAUUUUCAUAGUGGAAACAUAUUAUAUGAUUUUUCAAGUACAAAAAGAUAUCAAUGGCUAAUUGGAGACCUAGGACUAUCACAACCUGCAGAUAAUACAUCGUCAAAUAAUGAAAUAUAUGGAGUGAUACCUUAUAUUGCACCUGAAAUAUUUAGGGGAUCUACAUUUUCUAAAGAGACUGAUGUUUAUUGUAUGGGUAUGAUUAUGUGGGAACUUACAACAGGUUGUAAGCCUUUUGCUAAUGUUGAACAUGAUAUCAUUCUGAUUUUUAAAAUCCUUGAUGGAGAACAACCUGAAAUUACAGAAGAUACACCAGAAUGUUAUGCAAAUUUAAUGAAAAGUUGUUGGGAUCCUGAUCCCAAAAAGAGACCCUCAGCAAAAAAGAUUCGUAGUACAUUUGGUAGUUGGUCUUUCAGAAAUAAACAUAACGAUAUAUUUAAUAAAGCUGAAUUAAAAAGAAGAGAGUUGACAGAAUCACAAAAGCUUGGUCCUAAGUUUGCUAAAAAGCCUCAUCCAAGAGCUAUUUAUACAAGUAAACCACUAAGCUUUUUCAUUUCCAAAUGUUCAUCGAAUAAUUCAUCUUCAAGUAUUUCAUCUUAUAAUAAACAAGGUAUUGUCUUAGAAAAAAUCUAA